CAAAAUAAUUUGUUUUGAUCCUAGAACAAUAAUGCCAGUGAAGUGACUAAUAAAAUUCAACCAAAUGUUUUAAAAAGAGUCAAAAAUCCCGAAAUUAUUUUCAGCCUUUGAUUAACAACACACUAUGGCAUACUGACGCUAGCAAAAGAACGCUCGAUACCAAACCAAAUCUUAUGUAAUUACUACAGGCAUUGAAUCUUGAAAGCUUCAUCCCCCACAGUGUUUUCCUCUUUGUAAUUGGGGAUUUAUGUCUAGCAGUGAAAGUGAAGAUUUAGAUAACGUUUCGGAAACCACCAGGCUAAUGGACGGUCAUGUCGCAACCAACAGCAGCAAUGCUACCCUGGAGGUUAGGAGUGAAAUACCCACCACUAAAAGGAAAAAUAAGGAUCCAAACCCGAGAGAUGGUGGUGGCCAGUCGUCUAGUGCUGAUAGACAAAGAGAAGACCCUAAUUUAGGCAUAAAUGAUGAUGAAGAAUUAAAAUAUGGGGCAACGCAUGUCAUAAAACUCUUUGCCCCUGUCUCCCUUUGUAUGGUAGUAGUUGUGGCCACAAUAAGUUCUGUAAACUUUUACUCAGUAAAGGACAUGUAUUUUGUAUAUACACCUUUUCAUGAAGAGAGCCCUAACAAAAGUACCAAGGCCUGGAAUGCUAUUGCAAACUCUUUAAUUUUAAUGGCGGUAAUUGUUGGAAUGACCAUUUUACUUAUUGUCCUAUACAAAUACAAAUGCUACAGGAUUAUACACGGUUGGCUCAUUCUUUCUUCUGUAAUGUUGCUCUCCAUUUUCAGUUAUUUAUAUUUAGAAGAGGUAUUGAGGGCAUACAACAUACCAGUUGACUACCCAACUGCUUUUAUUAUAAUGUGGAAUUUUGGUAUUAUGGGAAUGAUCUGCAUACAUUGGCAAGGGCCAUUAAUUUUACAACAGGCUUAUUUGAUUUUCGUUGCCGCACUAAUGGCUUUAGUAUUUAUAAAAUAUUUACCUGAAUGGACUACUUGGGCAGUGUUGGCAGUCAUCUCAGUUUGGGACUUAAUUGCUGUACUAACACCUAAAGGUCCUCUUAGGAUUUUAGUCGAGACUGCACAGGAAAGAAAUGAGCAAAUUUUUCCGGCUUUAAUAUAUUCAUCUACAUAUAUGUAUGCUUAUACCGCAAUGGCAACUGAGGGAGACAACGAGAGACCCAGCGAAAGACCGUCAAGGUCCAAUAGUGAGGAUCACGGUUUCACCCAGGAAUGGGUGAACAACCACGCGGGUCGAGCCGCACAGAGACAAUUAGCCGUUCAUGAGAAUAGCAGCGGACAGGUGCGCACUCAAGUUCUCGAACAGCAACCGCAUUCCCACGAAGAAGAAGAAAGAGGUGUCAAACUUGGCUUGGGUGACUUCAUAUUUUACAGUGUACUCGUUGGAAAAGCCUCGUCUUACGGUGACUGGAAUACCACUAUAGCUUGCUUCGUUGCCAUCCUGAUUGGUCUUUGUUUGACACUUCUACUGUUGGCGAUAUUUAGGAAAGCCCUGCCCGCCUUACCGAUAUCGAUCACUUUUGGCCUCAUAUUUUACUUCGCCACCAAAGAGAUCGUCAGUCCGUUCGCCGACAGUUUAGCAAGCGAACAAGUAUUUAUUUAAGUUUAAUUAAUGAUUUUAGGUUAGGGUUUUAUUUAAAGCAGUAAUAAACUUAUGAUGUAGC